GUGCGAUAUUGACACUUACAACAUUGUAGCUUGCUAGCCUCAAUCUGGGCGGCACGCCGACUCGGAUGAGCACUCUCUCCAUAUUCCUCUUUGCUCAAGUCCCGCUCACCGUGACGGUUAGUGUCCAACGCUGUACAUUUCUCAGAGGGGAGAAACCCUCAACAGGGCUAUCGGGUCCUAAGGUUUUUGUUUCACCCCUGCCGUGUGCCAAAGCCGGGCUCAAAUGGAGCGCCCCGUAUCCCCAAACUCUGCCUGUUUGACCAUUCAGCACCGGAGCUACCUCUUCAGGGCCACCACACCAGCAUCCCACAACCCUGCUUAGCGCUCCUAGUCUCCGACUCGCUGGAUUCUUUCAAUGCUCUGCUGUUGUGAGGGCCCCGGAAGAAGCCAUCACCAUCCGAAGGAAGUUGGGAGGGCUAGUCGGCGCCAGCAUCACAUGAACUACUUCAACCUUCCAACUUCGAGAGUCCAUUGAGGGGACCGCUUCAAGCCACAUUGCUGACUUGGGGUACGAUCCACGAUAUCUCGACCUGGAGUCACCAUAAAGCCCGGUAUUACGGUCGACGGCUCGACCUUUAGCUUUUCGACGAUCCAGUUCGCGCGUUUAUCGGCCCAUCAGAGUUCGUCAUCGUCGUCCAGAAAGCCCCGGUGGUCCACCGCCCUCGGCCCUCCACCUCUCACUUCCAUUACCGUCACUGCUCCGUUCGACAAAGUUGUCGGUCCCCAUCGUCCUGACCGCAGCCCAAUGCGGCGUCUUUCAAUAAACACAAGACACCUCCCGUUUCUUGCCUGUGUAUUCGACCGUCGCCCAGCAUUAGUGACACCGUGAAAACUACAGACAGGACCAUCGCGCCGCCAAACCGACUUUACCGCAAGAUCUUGAGCCCACCGCUGUUGUGCCCGUCCGAACCUCGAGCCUUUUGCGCCUUGUGAAUGUGGCACGAGAAGGAUGCUUCAGGGAAUUGGUGCUUGCAACACUACUGGCCUGCGCGCUUAAGGGCGAGGGAAACAAUGCUGUGCUAAAGAGCUGGCCCUGUUACCAUACCGGUGGGGGCUGCUCUCAAUUUCAGCGUUACACAAGUUGAGCGACAAUUGGGAUAUCAUCAUAAGAAGAACGCAAUAUGGGGAGCAGUCAAAAGUUUCGCUUGCCGAGUUCUCUCAGGCGGGAGAAGACACGCCAUCAGCCUCAGUCCCGGCCUCAGGACAGGCUUUCUGAUGGGAAGGAUUCUAAAGCACAACAUAUCCUGGGUCUCACAGAAACCGCCCUCAACACGGCCCGAAACGAGAGCAUAAGUUCUUCGACCACGACAAGACUGCCCAGGUUGUCAUUUUCAGAUGCCACGACCGAGUUCGGGUCUGCUACCGCACCCUUGGAGAGUCCGGAGCGUACUCAAGACCUGCAGCUGAAAGCGUCUUCCGUGCUGCUGCACGAAGAAUACCACAUCACUGCCAAUCGUGCAAAUUCGAUCCGGUCAAGUCGGCUUAGACCCUCCGGUUCCUCCUCUACGUUAAAUUCCCAUUACGACCCACAGAAAUCACCGCUUUCCAUCUCACAACAAACCUCGGAGUCGUCCAGACGAGACUUUGCCCUCCGUAAAGGCUCGCCAAUCGUGGUCCGCUCCACCACGUCCGAUAAAGAUUCUCUCCCUCAACUAAGACUGUUCAGGUCGUCGAAAAGUCGAGACAAAUCGGAGGCGAAAAAACUCAGCAAACAAGGCCCUCGGCCGCCAGUUUCGUCGCCUAAUCCGCUGCCUACAGGUCAGCAUUCUUCCACACCGGCUGCUCAAGGCGCUCCGGUUUCACUCCCACAGUAUAGCGUGAGCCCGCGUUCGCCCAUGCAUAGUGUGGAUGCGCAUCUCCAGUCCACUUCCCCGCGAAGCCUGGGCAAGUCCGGGACUUUGCCAGCGUCAACUAGCUCCAAAGCCAACCAAAACGAAACUCCUCAUGUCAAGGUCAAUAUCAGGCGACCGAAGGUGGGGCUGAAGCACUGGUUUGACGGGCUUGAGGGUGACAGUAGCGAGGAUGAAAGCAUUCAUGAACCUGCAUUGCAGCCCAGUUUUGUUACUGGUAUACAGACAGCAUUUGAGGAUGGAAAAAUAGGGUCCUUUUCGCAGAGUACAAGCAGUCAAGAUCCCUUGCCGGACCCCGCCCAUCAAGGCUGUGGCUCUCAUGCUUCAACCACGUCGAACACCGGCUUUCGCCCUUUUCCCCAUUCCGCGCCCAUACCUUCCAGGAUCUCGACCCUCAAUGCAAAGUCCUCCAAGUCAACUCUUCGUCGUGACGCCUCAAGCCCUCCUUGCUUGAACCCUCCAAAGCCGAAGCCAAGCUCACUAGCUUCACGCGAUCUGCAUGAAACUAGUGUUCUAGACCUUUCGUCUUCCGAUGAUGAAGAUUCCCAACCUGCUGUUGUGGAAUCAACGCAAGGCAGUUUGCCUCAGUUGCGGGAUAGUAUUGCUGCCGAGUCUCUUGCCGAAUCGGAAAUCGAGAUUGGCACUGCGCAAGCCAUAGACACAAAACAAACCUCUAUGGUGCAAGCAACGCCCAGUGUACGGAGAGUGCACAACAGUCAACUCAAGCGUCAUGGACGGCCGUCCAUUCGACACAACAAGAUACCUGACCAGCGAUCAAUGUAUUUCAGUGAUCAAUCGUCGGAGCCAGCAUGGGAAGACAACGAUCUACUUACUUCGUUCCCCGCCACGCCCACAGACACGCCUGGUUCACGCCGUGCGUCUGUCCAGAGCUCCUCCUGUCGGUCUGAGCAUGCGAGCAUAGAGAGCCGGAGGCUUGUCAGUGUCACUAGGCAGGAGGAGUCGCUGUUGGCUGCUAUCCGAUUGAGGAGACUGACUGCAACCCAAUCGCGUGGCAGCUCAGCCAGCCGCCGCAUCCAGGGUAGCAGAGACCCGGAUCAAGUGAUAAAACAACAGCGUCAACCUGAGAUGGGCUCAUUGGGCGCGGAACUCACGGCUCUUCCGCGGAUAGGAAAGGGGGAUGUCACCCCUUCUAUUUCUUCCGCAAACUUUGACCGUGCCUCAUGCACGACAUUCCAGACUGGAAUAUCUAAUGAUCCAAGCCUGCGAUAUUCCUUUGCCAGUUUCAAGACGGACACUUCCCUAGACCCGGAGACCGAAUUCUCUAUGUCGCUGGGGCUGGGUUCGCCCGUGCUACUCAUUCCAUCGCGAGGCAUCAAUCGCUUGAGCCGAGUGACUUUCUUUUCCACGUCAACUGGGGACUCGAGAGAUGGCUCGUGUAGCCGUCGUGAGAGCGGUCCUAUUUCGACACUAGAGAAGCUCCAAGCAGUUCCCAAGCGGGAGGAGAUCACGUCCCAGGAGUUCAUCGAUUUCCCAUACCGCGGGUGGGAAGCGCGGUCGGACCUGGCAGCACAUUGAUGAGCUGGACCUGCUGUUCGACUGGGUUCGUCCCCUCUCCAUAUGUUAUUUCGCCCUUCUUGUGGGAUAUUUAAUGGAACUCGAAGCAGCCAUAUGGUUGUCACUCGGCGAAGUUACUGUGUACUAUAAUACUAUAUCUAUAUUAAACGACAAUGCUUACCAGGGCAUAAUUGUCUCCGCCUCAGCACCUUGAAAGUGUAGCCGAAGCGCAUCGGAUUGAUUGCAAAAGCACAAAAUAAUUCAUUAUUGGGGUGGUUCAUUAAUGGGUGUCCGACUUAUACGAAGAGUCGUAGUGCGAUAGAUGCUAGGAGCGAAAUGCUGCUGCAUACAUUAGUAGCAUGUGCACAUACACCGCCACGAGACUUGACUGAAAGAAG